GAGUUUGUAACCCUGCUCAAACUCUUGGCUCCUGAUCAUUUCAAUAUUAAUAAUAAUAAUAAUACUAAUACUAGACUUCAUUGAGGGGAGCUCUGAACCCCAGGACUGGGUGCAGCAGCAGCAGCAGCAGGGCUAGUGUGAGUUUGUAACCCUGCUCAAACUCCUGGCUCCUGAUCAUUUCAAUAUUAAUAAUAAUAAUACUAGACUUCAUUGAGGGGAGCUCUGAACCCCAGGACUGGGUGCAGCAGCAGCAGCAGCAGCAGCAGGGCUAGUGUGAGUUUGUAACCCUGCUCAAACUCCUGGCUCCUGAUCAUUUCAAUAUUAAUAAUAAUAAUAAUAAUAAUAAUAAUAAUACUAGACUUCAUUGAGGGGAGUUCUGAACCCCAGGACUGGGUGCAGCAGCAGCAGCAGCAGCAGGGCUAGUGUGAGUUUGUAACCCUGCUCAAACUCCUGGCUCCUGAUCAUUUCAAUAUUAAUAAUAAUAAUACUAGACUUCAUUGAGGGGAGCUCUGAACCCCAGGACUGGGUGCAGCAGCAGCAGCAGCAGCAGCAGGGCUAGUGUGAGUUUGUAACCCUGCUCAAACUCCUGGCUCCUGAUCAUUUCAAUAUUAAUAAUAAUAAUAAUAAUAAUAAUAAUAAUACUAGACUUCAUUGAGGGGAGUUCUGAACCCCAGGACUGGGUGCAGCAGCAGCAGCAGGGCUAGUGUGAGUUUGUAACCCUGCUCAAACUCCUGGCUCCUGAUCAUUUCAAUAUUAAUAAUAAUAAUACUAGACUUCACUGAGGGGAGCUCUGAACCCCAGGACUGGGUGCAGCAGCAGCAGCAGCAGGGCUAGUGUGAGUUUGUAACCCUGCUCAAACUCCUGGCUCCUGAUCAUUUCAAUAUUAAUAAUAAUAAUACUAGACUUCAUUGAGGGGCGCUCUGAACCCCAGGACUGGGUGCAGCAGCAGUAGGGUGAGUGUGAGUUUGUAACCCUGUGUGUUUUUUUAAACACGUCUCUUUGAAUUGCUGUCAGGGUAUCCAGGCAACGUCUUGUUCAUUUUCUUUCCAUAGAGGCUCAUUCCUGGGAACGCUGAUGACGUUACUCCCACAUGGGAUCGGCCUCGUUGUGUCCUGACAGCCCGGCUCCACGCCUCCACACUGUAGUUGUUUCUACAGGCCCGGGAGCAGCAUGAACGCUGGGGGGGGGGGUCUGAUUAUUUAGGACGAGCUCAUUAUGGAAAAAACAAAUCAUAUGACAGCGCAGUAUUGUAAGCUGUCCACACACACACACUCACCCACACAGACACACACACACACACACUCACACACACACACCCACACAGACACACACACACACACACACUCACCCACACAGACACACACACACACACACUCACACACACACACCCACACAGACACACACACACACUCACCCACACAGACACACAGACACACACACACAGACACACACGCACGCACACACACACACUCACCCACACAGACACACACACAGACACACACACACACACACACACACACACACACUGACAAGACACACACUCAGAGGACCCCUCUCUGUGUGAAGUGCGUGGCUCUGAUUCCAGUGCAGGGUUUGGGGUUCAGGGGUUCAGGGGCUCAGGCGCUCACUCACACAGCGGCUCACCUCUCACACAGAUCUGAGGGUGGACUCCUGGCUCUGUGGAUUAGCAGCUGCAGGACUCUCUGUGAACCCAGCUUACCAAGGAGGGGGGCCAUGACAGGUUUCAGCAGAUAUUACAAUGCCGAUCCGGGACUUCCUCAGAGCUUGCCCGCUGUUUCUGACCCUUGCCCUCCUUUCUCUGCGGACGGAGAGCAUCGCUGGCGCGGCCGAGGCAACCGAACCCGCGACCAACAGCACGGCCCGGCCCACCACCCUCCUGCGCCGCAUCCUGGUCGAGUUCGGAGGAGACUACGAAGACGAAGGGGAGGGUGACUCCUCCCCCGGGGGCGGGGUCUCUCUCCAAACCCCGCCCCCAUCGCCAUGCGACUACGACCCUUGCAGAGACGGUCAGGUCCCGUGCGACGAGCUGAGGCGGGACAGUCCGUGUUUGUGUCCCGGCGUCACUUCGGCCAGCGUGGCCCCGGAGCCGCCCAGUUUUCGGGAGGUUAGCCAGCAAGACCCGGCGGCGAUUCUGGUACACUGGUGCGCCCCGGCGUCCGAGGUGGACCGCUACCAGAUCUCUUACUACGGGAGGAAAACCGCAGGAGGAGGAGGGAAGGGAGACGGGUCAGACAACCCGCGGCGGACUGUUGAGUUUGGAAACCGGGUCAGGGCCGCGGUUCUGGACGGUCUGGAGCCCGGGUUGACGUACCACAUCUGUGUUCGGGCCGUUAACAAGGUGAACUCUGGUUCGGCUGAUUCCGGCGCCUCUUCGGCUUGCUCCAAUUACGAGCUGAGGCCCCCAAACCGCUUGUAUUUGUACGCCGGGCUGGCAGGGGGCGCUGUGGUGCUGUUGGCAGCAGCUCUCAGCGUCCUGGCGUUCCGGCGUUGCCGUGCCAACAGGCGAGCCGGCAGAGACGCGAUGGGAUUGGCCAACCCGAGCUACAGUCGCGGGAGCGUGGACAUGCUGUCCAGCUGAAUGGGGCUCGCUGUUGAGAUGCAUAGAAAUCAAUGCAGACAUUUUGCUGUUCGUACUGCCACCUGGUGGACGAUAAAUUGAAAUGUUCAGACUGCCUUACUUUAUCAAAUGGGAAGCGGGGUGGAGUAGCGGUCAGGGCUCUGGACUCUUGACCGGAGGGUCGUGGGUUCAGUCCCAGGUGGGGGGACACUGCUGCUGUACCGUUGAGCAAGGUACUUUACCUAGAUUGCUCCAGUAAAAACCCAACUGUAUAAAUGGGGAAUUGUAUGUAAAAAUAAUGUGGUAUCUUGUAACAAUUGUAGGUCGCCCUGGAUAAGGGCGUCUGCUAAGAAAUAAAUAAUAAUAUUUUUUUUUAAAAUGAAAGACAUUUUAAAUGGUUCAAACUUACAUUAAUAAUAAUAAUAAUAAUAAAAACUGCAGUUAUAAUAUAUGUCCACUAGGUCGCACUGUGUCCUAUGGUAAAAAAAGCUACGUUGCUGAUGUGGUUUGCAAUGGUAUUGUAUGCAAUGGAAAAUUAUUUUUCAGAGAUAUUGUAAUGUCUGUUUCCAGCCACCAGAGGCACUGUCUGCUAUACAAAACCCCCCCAAUCAAACACAAUGUAAUUCAUAUGCAGUAGAGUUUGACCAGCAAGUGCAGUUUACAGGCACACUAUAAAAACAAGCGCUCUCUCUGUGCAAAUCUACAAGUUAUGUAAAUAUCUGUCGUGUAUUUUCUAUUAGAUGCCAUUUCAGUGUUUAGUUUUUUAAAUAUACAAUAUAUUAUUUAUUUUACAGAAUGAUCGUGUUGUUAUUUUUGCUCUUUCUUGUACUGUGCUGUACCGGCUGGUUUUGUGUCAUGAAAUAAAACACAUUUUUUUUAAAAAAAUAUAUAUAUGUAUGGCUUUGUAAGCUGUGAAAAAAUAUCUUAUUUUUGAAAAAAAAAGAAAAGUCGUAAAAAAAAUCUCAAUGGG